CGCUUGCAGUAGUGUACUUCCGGUUUAGCUUAGCGUGUUAGCAUAACAUCCAGUUUCAUGGCAAAAAAAUGAGCUCAGACACAUUAUGGGAGCUAGCUGCUGCGGAGGUUCAGAGUCGGGAAAGCGGAGCAGGAGAGGAGGACGGAGGAGAAACCAGUGUCUGCGAGAGGACCGUGUUUUUGAUGGGGAGCAAGGCCGGGGGUAAAACGUCCAUCCUUCUUCGAUGUCUUGACAGGGAUGAACCGCCGAAGCCAACUCUGGCCUUGGAAUACACUUUUGGCAGACGGGCCCGGGGACACAACACAUCCAAAGACAUAGCCCACAUUUGGGAGCUUGGAGGAGGAACUUCUUUGUCAGACUUGAUCCAGAUUCCCAUUACUCCUGCCAAUAUGAGGUCUUUUUCUGUUAUCCUCCUUCUGGACCUGUCUAAACCCAACAGUCUGUGGGGGACCAUGGAGAAGCUGUUACAGGCAGCACAAACUCAUCUGGAGAAAGUCUUCUCCCAGGUGCAACAAGCACAGAAGUCCAAACCUGGAGCCAAACACCAGAGGCCUGUCCAGUCAGCAGCUCGAGUCUUACCUAGAGACUACCCUGACAGAGAACUGGUCAGUCCCUUUCCUGUUCCGCUGCUCAUCGUUGGCAGCAAAUAUGACCUCUUUCAGGAACUUGACUCCGAUAAGAAGAAAGUGAUUAGUAAAACCCUGCGCUUUGUUGCACACUAUUACGCCGCCUCUCUAAUAUUCACAAGCAAUAAAUCAGAGAGCCUGAUGUCAAAAAUAAAGAGCUUCUUCUCCCAUCUGGCAUUUGGUCUGGACAGAGGAAAAACCAUGUCCUGUGACACCGGUAAGCCUCUCAUCAUUUCAGCAGGCUCAGACUCUUUCAACCAAAUAGGCUCCCCUCCUGUCAGUGAUGUGGACAUAACUUCUCUGCAUACAAAAACCCCCAAAGAUCUGUGGAAGAAAGUGUUCGAGCGAGUUUUUCCCAAUGAGAGUAUCGAUGAGCAAAGGGAACUGAAGGACCCAACCAAAGACCCUCAGUACAGUGAGCCUCAGAUUGAUGCCAUGAGAGCACAAAAAGACCAGGAGUUGGAGCAGUAUAAGAGGAACGCAGCAAAGUCAUGGAAAGGAAUUAAGCUGGAGACAUGAGAGAACUUUAUUACACAAAUUCAUGUAUACUCAGUUUGCAUAUUAUUUAUUUUCUGCUCUGUACGCUUUUAUUUUGUAAUACAUUCACCAUUUAAUUA